AUGGCGACAGCGAACGCUUAUUGGGGGCAUAAUGUUUUCAACUUGACAGACUCAAGUGCAUGGGACGUUGAGGAUAUUCCAGGUUUAAUCUCAUUACAGCCUCAGAAUAUAUUACUAACAUCCAAAGAGACCAGUGAGAGUGACAUCAAACUAAUAGACUUUGGAAUUGCACGCUACCUCAACAACGGAGAAGAGAUACGGGACAUUCAGGGCACCCCUGACUAUGUUGCUCCCGAGAUCCUUAACUAUGAACCCAUCACGCUGUCUACCGACAUGUGGAGCAUCGGUGUCCUGACCUAUGUCAUGCUCACAGGGAUCUCACCCUUCGCUGGAGACACCAAGCAAGAGACCUUCCUCAACAUCUCCCAGCUCAACAUGGAGUUUGCUGAGGAGGACUUCAGCAGCCACUCCCCAGAGGCCAGGGACUUCAUCCAGAGUCUCUGCGUCAUUGAUGCGGAGAAACGCCUGACUGCAAAAGAGUGCCUUGAUCAUCCCUGGAUCCAGAAAUUCAGCAACGUGCCUGUCACCCGGGAGCUUGAUGCCAAUGAGAAUGUGACGCAGCAAGACACCGAAGUCUCUCCCCUCACCAUCAGCGUGGUCAUCCAGAACAACGAUGACAACGAUAUCCUCAAGAAGAAGGAGAUGGAUGAUGAGAACGACAACUACCUGGAAAGCAGAACCGAAGAUCACAUCUCACUAAAGGAGGAGAAACCUCAGAAUGACGUAGUCCAGGAUUCUGAAGACAGUUCAGAUGCCACAUGCAGAGUUGGUGCGAAUGAGUCCACUCCAGAUAUGGACAUUCACAUGGAUAUUGAAAACAAAGACACAGACACUCAUGAGGACCACUCAAAGAUUCAGGAAGAGGUCCAGGUUUUAUCUCAGUAUUCAAAUGGCAUCAAGGUUUUAGACCAUGAACUUGUAGAGAGGCGGGAAUAUCCUCUUGUCUCGCAACCAAGGCAAGUAGUCAUCGAGAGUCGAGAGGACUCUCCUGCAGUUCCUGUGCAGAUGGAAAGUGGCGUUCUUGGGGAUACAAAGUGCAGGAGCUGCAACAGGUUGCACCCAGAAUCACAAAGUGCCUCUGAUAGGAGUAGGUCACCGUCAUCCAGCCCCAUGGGUACGCGGCGGACCCUCUGCCCAAGCAAGGAGAACUUUCCCAAAGAAAUCCGAGAACCCAAGAGGUUCUGCCUUGAAGUGGUACCUCAACAACCUGGUCAAGUUGUCUGUUGAUCAAUUCAGCAUCCCAGAACAAUCCAACAUAUUUAUUCUAGAUAUUGCUUUUUACCUUCGUUCUAAAGUCAUUUUUUCCACUAAACAAUCAUUUGGGAGCAUGUUAGUGUAGGGAACAGUUUUACAUUCUUGGCGUUGAUAGAGGUUUCAUUUCAAAUCAUCUUCGGGAUGUUUAUAAUCAUUGAAUUUUAGUGUAAUCAUAAUGAUAAAGAUUUAAUGCGAAUGUGUACAAUAUGAUAUUAUUCAAAUUCAUGACAGUGCUGAGCACUUGGUAAUUAAAAAUUAUGGUACCAAAGUAAGAAUGUACAUGUACUUGAAGAAGUUGUUUAGUCUUGUUGAUUCAAGGCUGUUGUAAUCUAAUAGCUUGCUGUAUGCAGAGAUUAGUUCUGUGUAAAUUCAUGUUACAUCUAAAGCUUCCAACCUAAGCAACAUAAGUGAAAGGGUGCUAUAUGUAUUCUAUGUGUAAGUAUUAAGAAUAACUAUGCAUUUUUUUAAAAUACAAUUCAUCAUGAUUCCAUUUGGUGUGCAGACCAAAAUAAAAGAUUUGUCUUCGCAGAGGAAAUGGGAGAUAAGAAAUGUGCUUUUGAUGUUGCAUGCUUGGUGAUAUUGUGUAGAAUAUAUUUACAGCAUGUCUUACCACAUACGAGCGAUUCCAUAAGAUAAACAUGUACACGUGGAUGCGAGACAACUAGCUUUUUGUACCAUUGAAUGAAAUUGCUUUGUUCCUAAUUCAGAAAUAAUGAUAAUAAUAAUUAUUAUAACAUUUAUAAGGCACUUAAAUGGAGAUGUUUCUAAGCACUCAAUUUUCUGAUUAUUAAUUGAUUACCGGGAUUAUAAGAACAAAAGUGUAAUCAAUAAAACCAAUAAAUAUAUUUUACCAAAUUUUAGAUUAAACAAAUACAAGAACAAAAUGAAACAAAGGUUUGCUUCUCAAUAUAGACCAACCAACCCAUAACUGAUAUCAAGCUAGUGGAAAUAUCUAGAUAUUGGGAAGAUGGGUCUUUAGCAUAAUAGGAACAAAUGGAGGAGAAAAUUAAAUAAGUUUGAUCUCUUAAUUAUUUUGUCUUUUUUUUGUAUUCUAUAUUAAAUUGCAUAGAAUAUGUCAUUUUGAACCUAAAAAGGACCAAAACUCAUGAACUCCGAAGAGAAUCAAUGAAUGGGGGAAAAGAAUUAAUCUUAUUUCUUCCAGAAUUUCACUUUUAUGAUCAUGGAAUGGACCAACUUCAAAACUAGCAUUAUGAUAAUUUUUGUUGUCGUCCUCUUAACUUAAACUUAAUCCCAGCAACUCAAUUAGGGUCUCAGGAAACCCUGAAAAUUUGAUACUCAGAUUUCAACAUACUGCUUCUAUUCUACUGUUUUUGAAGUAUAUAUAUAUAUAUUAUCAUUUAUUUAUAUUCAUGACUGAGUUUCUUCGUUGUCUUGGUUAUAUAUUCUGACAAUGUCCUGAUGUUUAUUUAUAUUUUAGAUUUUAAUUGUUUCUUUUAUUGUGCGUGAUAUUAUAUCUUCAUGAUUUUGUUUAGGCCUUUGUUGCUUUUGUUGACAGUAAAGUUCUCAAAUAGGGAAGUUGUGUUGUUUAUGAGGAGGUUGUAACACAAUUGGAGUUGCUACCUUCUUGUACUCAUUGAAAAUGUCUUCUGUUUUUUAUAUGAAACUCUGUGUCGUCUGUGAGGAACCAACCCCUCAUCAUGUUGUAAAGGAACCAAGUUGCAAUUCAUAAAAGAAUACAUUUUCUUAAUAUUGUUAGUUAUCAAUUAUAUGUUGUAAACAGUUGACGUCCCAUCUGCCAUUUGACAUACAUGUAGUAGGUCUUUAUAUGUAUGUUUAGUUGAAAGAAUGGGAGCUCAAGAGGGAAUAUUACAUGUAGGUUUUGUUUUGUAACAAUGUUCUAUUUGAACUGUACUUUUUUGUUGUCGUUUUCCAUGUUAUGACAAUUCUUUUUCCAAUGAUUAUCUCUUUAUCUUUUGUUUGUUUUUGGUUUUGAAAGUCAGGAGUUUUGUAUUCAUAGAUGAAGCAGGGCAUUUUAGACAUUUGUUGAACAUCAUUAUGCUAAUUAUAAAUUCAGUGAUGCACACUAUAUAUACAUUUACACACUUUAAUGAAUUAUCACUCAAAAAGUACAUCACCAGUGACUGUAGACACUUCAAUUGUCCCUAAAAAGAACCAUAUGUGUUUUUAGCAGUGUCAUUUACAUUUGAACAUUUUGAAUGUAGUAUUGUCAAUUGCAUUUGGAGUGGCAGAUGUCUCUAAUGAGUCUGUCUGUUAUAAUUGAAAAGAAAAAAAUUAGUGCUAGCAACAUUGCAGAACUUCAUGAAUAACUUUUUGCAAAGGGAAUCCCUUGAUCCUCUUUUAAAACAGAUUGAAGAAAAAAAUCUAAACCACACUGAAGAAUUGUAGCUGUAUGUUUUCAUUAUUUGUUUUCUUUUCAAAGUUCAGAACAUCAGUUGCAGUUCUGAGGAUGAUCACAAGUUAUUUUACGAUCCACUUUUGGCUUUUCACCAUAAAACUGUUAUUGUUAAAAAAAUGUACUGAAUGUGAAAUUUCAAGGGAAGAUAAAACAUACAUCGAUAUUUAUAUUCAUACACCUGAUAGAAUUUACUCCAAAUGAUGAUUCAUUUGAUUUAUUGUUACUGCUCAAUCUUGUUUACAUUAUCACUCCAAUGUUGUCAUUCUUGGUCUUAGAGGGUUACUUUCUUUAAUAGUUUAUUGUCUCAAAUUUUCUCCAUUGUGACUAUACUCCUUGUUGGAAUGUUAUGAUUUAUUUUUGUUUACACGAUGUGCUCCUAUUGUAGUCCUUAAAUGCCUCAUGUUGGGUAAUACUGCCAAAAAGUCAAAGUUCAGUUGUAUAGUAGCAAUGUAUUUGUAAGUAGUAUAUUAUAAAAGAACACUUUCUCAAAGGUUACACUAAAAUAGUUUCAGAAAACCGUAUAUCAAUAAUUCAGAUGGUUGUUGAAAGCUACACAUAUUCUUUUAUUUAUUGGUUAUUAGCAGAUUUUCUCAUCAAUAUUAAUACCCAGUUUGAUAUGGCUUACUCCAAACUAUCAGUUACAGGUGUAAGAUUGGGUUGCGCGAUUCCCCGAACCCAUCAGGAUUAUCAGAUGGUUUGAAGUAAACCUUUGAUAAUUAGUUUUAUUAAAGAGCGCCCUCACUUGAGUUUUCUUUAGAAGGAUGUCUUUAGAAAUAUUUGGGAAAAUUAGUAAAAUAGAAUAUUAGGAGAUACAUACAUGCAUAAAUGAAUAAUUCAGUUACUAGAAAAUACCUGUAUCUUUUCUAUAGUUGAGAAACAUUAGGAUGUUGACCACUAUUAAUAUUUAAUUCAUUUAGUUCAGUUUUCAAAUGUUAGUGUUGACGGUCUUUUCCUUCCCUUUUUUUAUGAGUACGCCAUUCAAGAUGUCUGAUGUAUUACUUUAUCUUUGUGACCACAUGUUUUUUAGAGUAUUCCUGUAUAUGCCUAUGUAUAUUUUGUGUUCUCAAAGUUUUUAUUUAUGCGUGAUACUCGUAAGUGAAGGGAGAUAGUAUUAUUAUAUUUAUCUGUAAGAUCUGUUAGUCAUAUUUUGCAUCAUAUUUCGUUUUCUCUGAUCAGAUUGUCACUCAUCCCUGAUAGAGGUAUAUCUCAAACCAUGGUCUAAUUUUUACAGUUUUCUCAUGUGCAGACAGGGCCCUGUAACAUACAGAGAUACAAUCAAUAUUUACAAUCAAUUGUAACCCUUUGUACGUGGUUUGCCAUAUAAUUACACUUUGAUUAUUUGUACAAUUGAUUUUAUCUUUUAUGUUUCCGGGCCCGGUGUAACAUAAGGAGAUACCAUUUAUAUUGACAAAUGAUCACAACUUUUUGUAUGUGGUUUUCAAUAGACUUUACAUUUCAUGCUUGAUUAUAGAAUUAAUUGCAUUUUAGUGUAACAGAGCCCAGAAGUGACACGCCUCUCGUCUCAUUGCAUUAUUAGAGUUAAAUUAAUCCUCUAUACAGAAUAUGACCCUUUUAUGCUACUUUUUAGGUUUGAUUCAAGAAGAAAAUCAUCUAAGUUGAGAGAAUGUAAUAUUGCUGUCACGGUUAUGUCUGAUCAAACUGUCUUUUAUCCAGUAUGUCCACUGUUUGUAUUUGGGUCAUGAUUCACUAACGGUUAAAAUCAGUUUCUAGAGGUUGUAUACCAAUCAAAUAUCUGAAAAUGUUGUCUUAUUCCUCACUUAAAAUUGAUUACAGCUGUUGGUGAUUCACCCCUUUGAGAAGCUACCAAUAUGUUUGGUAAUAGCUUUUUUAUGUUAUUAUAAUUUACAAAACAGUAUUCAUGUCUCUUUUAGAAUUGACAGCUUGUAGUAUUUUGAGAUGUUCCAUUGGUGCUGAUAUGCUGGGAGAUUGGUUUUGGAUAUUGUCUUGAGGGGAAAAUUCAUGAACUCUAAGAUUUGCAUUUUUCUUGUUGACAAAAAGAAAAUGUUACAGAAUUUGGUACCCUUUAAAGAUGAGAGUUUUUCUCUGGCCUAGAAUUUAAACUGUGUUGGAAGCUUGUCUUGAAAUGAUUGUGUUGAUAGGUUAAGUAUGAAGGAACCUAUGGGUAUGCCGAAGGGUUAUGCAGUCACCGACAUAAGAAAUGACUUGUAGAUUCUGCCGGAAGUCAACUGCAUCACUCUUAGAAAGGAAUAUACAUAAGUUUUCAGCCUGAAAAUUUGUGUCAAUUCCUUUAAUUCUAGUAGUUCUUCGGAGGACACCGGGUGGUUGUUUCAUGAAGAUGUUUGUAAGUUACGAACAACUCUACGCUCGACUGGUGAUACCUUCUUGUGCUAUAAAUAAAUGAAUGAGAAUCAGGUAAGUACCCAAGAAGGUAUCACCAGUCGUUCGUAAAGUCAUUCGUAACUUGCGAACAGCUUUAUGAAACGCCAACCUGGGCAGAGGACAUUUGAUGUGUGAGCCUUUUGUGGUGGAACUGUGUCGAUGAUAUUCCUCCAAAAUGAAAAUAUAAGUUUAUCUAAUCUUCCAACCAUUUGAGAAUUAUUCAUUGCAAUGAAGUGAAUGUUGAGGAUUAUGCAAACACUUCAGAUGUUCAACUCAUUUCAGAAAACAUUGGUUUGUGAGAUAACUCUGAGAAAUUAUGCAACAGCUGUCUGUAAAUAUUACUAUGUCACUUCCAUGAAGUAGGCCUGUUACCGUGAUGAAGGAAUAAUCUUGGAUGUUACCUUGCAUGGUCGAGACUUAAUGAUUCUCACAAGAUUGUUUUAACCGUAUUGCUUGCAGUCUGAGAGUAUGUCAGUGAAGGGAUUUGAUUUGAAUUUUCGUGGCAGAGAAAAAAAAGAAAUAUACAAAUAAAUCAGUUAGCUGUGAUGCACCAUGA